AUGUCUCAACCUCUGAAAGAAACCGACAUCCUGUUUCCGCACCUUUCCAACACACCAAAUCUAUCCAGCACCCUCUCUUCUCUGCGCCGCUCAACACUCUCAACGCACAAUCGCCUUGAUUCAAUUAUCUCCGACAGCGAUUUCGUCAGUUCAGUCGCCUCUGCCUACGAUCUACCCCUCGUAGCCAAUGAACGUUGUGGAAGCUGGUACAUUCCACCAGCCCAAAAGUCUGGAUCUGUCUACUUCAAGAGCACGGACGGUCACAUGGGCGAAUGGAGCUUCAGUCUGAGAAGACUAAAUCUGCAACUGUUGGAUAUUGUGGAAAAGUUUGGCGGCGCCGUGGUUGUGGACAGCACGAGGAGGGGCAAGAGUAUGCCGGACGCGCUGAGCAAAACCAUCCCGACAUGGUGCUGUGUGAUCAACAGAGCUGUAUUCGGCACACCUAGGAAAGACGAGAUGCGAUUGUUCACGCCGCCACAAGCCGUGGGAGAAAUUUCUGACAAGGAUAUCUGCAAACCUAACAUCGUGGACCUUCGCAGUAAGCUGAAGAGGCCCCUCCGACCAAUCUGGGUAACACAGCAAUCAUCUCUUCCGGACAGUCCGCCUUGUUUCCCCGACUUUCACCCCAUCGUGCUCUGCACAGCAUCGCGACGGGUACGCGGUGCCGAAGCAUCGGAAAGCGGGUACAUCCAGGGUGCUGCCGAUGACCACGAAGCAUGGUCUCAUGGACUCACACCGACAGUCUUCUGGAAUCACAAGGAUGUGCUGAUGAAGACGAGCGAGGAAGAUGCGCCAGCUCUGAUCGAAAAAUUGCUCAACGAAGACGGAGGUAGUAGCGCGGUCGCAAGUCUGAUCAAGCCAACGUCAAAACUGUAUAUCUCUCCUAGUGACCAGAUGAAGCUCGAUGGAUUCGACGUUGUGAUCAGUUGUACACCGGAGCCCUUCGCCACUUCGAUGCUAAAGGACGCCGGAGUCAAACACUACUUGCACCUCAAAUGCCAAACCGGCAAACUUGGCUCACGCGACCUCCGCACUCAACUGCCCCGAAUUUUGAAUUUCUUUUCGUCUCUUUCGGAACCAACCACCGGAAAGAUUCUCGUGUGCUGCCCAACAGGCAAGGAUCUAUCCGUUGGUACCGCCUUAGCAGUACUAUGUCUCUACACAAACGAGGAGGGAGCGAUAGAUACCAGUACGCCAAAGGAGACAAGUGCCAUCGGAAAAGCCUUCAUCAAGCAAAGGCUCAGUUGGAUAACAACAAGCAACCCCGCGCUGAACCCAAGUAGAAGCACACUCCAAAGCGUCAAUGCCAUCCUGCUAGAAAGCCAAGACCCAAAAGCCUUCUUGCAAACCAAGAGUAACGGCACAGACACUGGCAUCACCACCUCAAUACCCAUUCGAGAAACAAGACCCCUGCCCCAAGAACCACAAACAGACGACUCUUCCGAGACCGAAAAGCCAAAGCCCGGCUCUCCUUCGCUGCCUACCUCCAUCUUCGAAAACCUACGCGACUCCCCGGACAAAUCAUGGAGCUUCACCCGUCAGCUCCGCUCCACCCUACCGACCCAUCCCUCGGGCACAGUGACAGGAACAGCGACGUUCACGUCCUGCAACCUACCAGCCUCCUUUCCGCCAACUCUGCUUUACGCCGAAGAAGGCGAAUUCGCAACAGACACGGGUCUCAAGUUCAACGCACGCAGAAAGUAUGUGUACCAACUCAAAACGUCGAAACCAGGAAGCACAGACGAGAAAGCAGGAGAAUACAUCGCCGUCCGUUUCUUCGACGAUGAAAAGAUGCCGCGCGCAGAUAUCAAGGAUGGCGUGGGGAAGACCGGGGAAGGGAUCGGGGGGUCAUUCGUCGACAUGGGUGAUCUGCAAACGAGUGGAAAGGAGGUGAAAGCCAAGAACAAAGAAACGCAUCUUUGUGCUGAGGAUUUGUACACGGCUAGUUGGACAUUCGGACCGGGUGUUGUCAACGGGGACACGGAGAAUAUGUGGUGGGAAGUGCGAUACGAUGUCCAGGGCCCAAAGAAGGAUUACACACUGCGAAACAACAUGUUUGCCGCCAAGUAA